AUGGAUUCGGAACCGAGAAAAACGGUUGACAAUACGUCGAGUUCAUAUUUGUCAUUGAAAGCUGAACUGUUACGUAAGAAACAAGAUGUUCAACGUGCUUCAUCAUCCUCGGCUUCAUCGUCAUCGAUACUUGACAAUCUACAAUCGACCUCAAGUUCAUUGAAACUGAAGACGAAAGCGGAAUUAGAUGUUGAAGUAGCAAAUCCUUCGAAAAGGAAAAAGAAAAACGAAGAAACAUCAUCUUCUACUCCGGCACCACAAUCAUCCCCAUCUACAACAUUAUCUCGUGCAGAUGAAAUCGCCUUCGCUAAAUCUCGUGCUAUUCUCGAGGCGAAGGCCAAACUCUACGACGAAAUUAUGUCAAACAGUGAAAUGAAACUGUUAGCUGAAGAAGACGUGAAUGAUGAAGAUGACAAGUCGUUCCUCGUUGAUUUCGAACGGAAAAUCUACGAAACAAAUCAACCGAAAGCUGAAGUCGAAUACACAGAUUCUUUCGGACGUACGCGUCUAGUUACUGCCGAAGAAUAUGAACAGUUAAAAGCAGCAGAGAGGAGAAAACCUCGCGAAGAGAUUCCAUCGAAACCCACAUCCGAAGAAGAAAUUCGUCGUGUUGAACGUUUGCAUCGCGAACAGAUGCGCAGCAAAUGGGAAUCGGAUAUGGACGCGUUAAGAAACAAAACCGAUGUUCAUUACGAAGAUGUGCUCUUCGAUGAAAAACGCGAGCAUGGUAUUGGUUAUUAUAAGUUUUCCACCGAUGAUAAACAACGUGCAGAACAAAUGGCCACUUUGAACGAAUUGAGAGCGAAUACGAAAGCAGAGCAGAUGAAAGUCAUGGAAGAAAAGGAAAAACGACAGUCGAGUAUGAGUGAACGUUUAAAUCAAAUACGAUUGCGCAAAGCGAAGGAGAUGGGAAUUAAUCUACCGGGUACCAAUCAGAAUGGAGAUCGAUCCAAAAUAGAUCAAAUACCGACAAAUGACAUCGCAAAGAAUGAAGAUGAACAAAAUGUUGAAUCAAAUGUUUCUGAAAAGAACGAAGUACAAGAAACAAAGGUGAUUGAAGCACCAUCACUCCAACAGGAAACGCAAACAAUUCGUAUUCAACAGCAAACAUUAGUAAAGAGCAGUACUCCCAAUUCAAGUUCAUCACCAUUCGCUUAUCCAUUUCCUGUCAUGCGGACGAAUCAUUGA